GGCCAGUUCCCCAAGUGGGCGGGGCCCAGCGGGGAGCUCGAGCUCUCGGGGAUCAGAGUCAACCGUCGCAGCCUGUGCCCAUCCCCCACGGCCCGGGACCAUCCCCCUGGGAAAGGCCCAGACACCGACACGCAGCCUCCGCCUCUUGGUGUCUCAGCCCGGGCCCACUCUGCACCGACAACAUGUCCUGGCAGCAGGCCGCCCGGAACAGCGGGCCCGGCGGCACCGACAGCAACCCGUUCGAGGAUCCAGCAGUUCUAGAGCAUAGCACUGAGCAUCGAGAACCUGCCCUGAACCAGCUUUACAACCCCUUCGAUGGAAGCAGAGAGUUUGCUCCCAUCAAGACCACUCCGCUGCCCCCACCUCAGCCAACAGAGCAACCGGCUGUGUGCCAGAAUCCCCGGAGUCCAACAGAACAUCGUUCAUAUGGAACCCAGAAGCCCACGACGAUGUUAACAGCUGAUCUGCUGAGGCAGCAGGAAGAGCUGGAGAAGAAAGCGGCCGAGUUAGACCGAAAGGAGAGAGAGCUCCAGAACACAGCCAUCUCAUCCAGCAUAUCCCUGAAUAAUUGGCCUCCACUGCCUUCCUUCUGCCCAGUGAAGCCAUGCUUCUACCACGACAUCAAGGCAGACAUUCCCCGGGACUUCCAGAAGACUGUCAGCGUGAUGUAUUACCUGUGGAUGUUAAGCUCGGUUGUUCUCUUCCUCAAUCUCCUGGGCAGUCUAGCCUGGUUCACCGUUCAUGUUGAAGCUGGAACACACUUUGGCCUUUCUAUCCUCUGGCUGCUUCUGUUCACACCCUGCUCCUUUGUGUGUUGGUACAGACCGCUGUACAAGGCAUUUAGGUAGGUACCAUUGUGCAAUUGAGCUGACUGUAGGCUGGUCUACCUGAGGAGACACUUUCCAGUAAUACUGACUGUCUCCCGGACACCAGCACCCCCAGAUAAUACUGCCCCUUUCCUGUCAACAUUGACUGACCACCUCCCCUCCUCCAGGGUCAACACUGACCCUUUCCUGAAGAUCCACCCCAUCAAUAUUGACUGACCACAUCUACCCCCAUCA